AUAUAAGCUACUGUGAGUGAUUCAUUUGAUAAAAACGUAGGCUACAUUUGAAUUGGGUAGCUUUGAUCCGUUAUAUAUUUUUGAUUGGUCGAAAUUCAUGGGCCCUUGGUAUGCAUACAUUUAAUAUAAAUAUUCGAGUGAACGUUGAUAGAAAUCUGCUACCCACCAAUACCAUAUAUCAAGGCUUUUCACUGUACUUAUACAUGUGUCAUUAAAACAUAUAUCAAGUAAUUUUUUAAGUAAGAUUUUACACAACGGUGUCGUGAAAGAGAUAUAUUUGGUUUUAAUUUUGUCACUCAAUAAUAUUCCACCAAUCGCCACACAGGCCUCAACGAGUUGCUAGGAAGAAUAUGGUAAUAUAUGCAAUGCAGCCACCUCUGCAGCUACCAUUCUGAGUACAUCCUAACUCAUCCUGGAGCUGCCAGCAGCUGCGUGAGGAGGUGUGGUUGGUGUGGUUGGUGUGAUCAGGUGGUGACCGUGGUAACGGGAUCCGGCUGCAGCCAUGGAGACCAAGCAGGAAACAUCCCCUGUGUGGAGCCAGGCAGGAAACAGCGAAUCAGGGAAUGCCACUCAGGUGCAUUUUGAGGGGGGUACAGUAGCCCAGAUAGUGUACAGUGGAGACCAACAGGACAGAGGGCAGCAGGUGGUCUACACAGCAGACGGUAACUCCUACACAUCUGUGGAGUCUGCAGAACACACGCUGGUCUACAUCCACCCGGCCGACGGAUCAGGGGGUGUGUUUUCUGACCAGCCUCAGGUGGCCUACAUUCAACAGGAUGGUACUACGCAACAGGUGACAGUGUUGUUGCCCAGUGGCCAGAACAUGAACGCUGCCAACCUUCAUGUCCUCAGUAACGUGGCCGAGGCUCCACAGGCCCUCCUGGAGCCAGUUACACAGGGUCAGCUGUCUGUGUCUGGGAUGGUUGACCCCUCCUCCAGCCCCCUGGGGGCCACAUCCACUGAGGACUCUGACGAAGAGGAUGAUGAGGACGAAGAGGACUCGGACCUAGAUGACUGGGAGCCUAGCGCGCCACAGUCCUUCACACCACACAACCUCUGGUGUGAGGAGUGUAACAACUCCAACCCGUCAGUGUGUGUGAAGCACGGUGCCCUCCACCCCAUCCCCAACCGUCCAGUGGUCUCCCGGGCCCGUGCCAGCCUCCCCCUCAUUCUCUACAUAGACCGCUUCCUAGGGGGAGUCUUCUCCAAGAGACGCAUCCCCAAGAGGACCCAGUUCGGCCCCGUGGAGGGACCCCUGGUCAGACAGGGAGAACUUCACGACCACUACAUCCACCUCAAGCUGUGCAUGCUGGAUGCAGACAAGGACAUGGAGAAGUCGGAUGACAUGUGGGUGGACCUAUCUGACGAGGACAUCUGUAAUUGGCUGAUGUUUGUUAGGCCCGCGCAGAACCACCUGGAACAGAACCUGGUAGCCUAUCAGUACGGCUCUGAAAUCUUCUACACAACCAUCAAGAACAUCCAGCCCAAACAGGAACUCAAGGUGUGGUACGCAGCAUCAUAUGCCGAGUUUGUCAAUCAGAAGAUCCAUGAUGUCACGGAUGAGGAGAGGAAAGUGUUACGUGAGCAGGAGAAGAACUGGCCGUGUUAUGAGUGCAACCGACGCUUCAUGAGUUCAGAACAGCUGCAGCAGCACCUCAACAUGCACGAUGACAAACUGGACUACGUCACCAGACCGAAGGGGCGUGCUCGUGGGCGUGGCAGGAAGAGGUUUGGGACAGGAAGGAGACCGGGUCGCCCCCCUAAAUUCAUCCGGUUGGACCCUUCGGUGGCCACGGCAGGGGACAAGACACCGGAGCUGCUGGGGCUCGUAGGGAAGCUGCCCUAUGAGGAGAGAUCCGACGGUGCUCUGAACCAUCUCAAGGUGGUAGAGCUGGAGGGGGAGGGGGAGGGGGAGGGGGGUGGAGGGUUGGAGACAGAGGCACAACUAGACCCCCCUGGAGGGGACCUGGCCCCCGACACAGAAACAGACUCCCCACCCACCACCACCACCACCGACCCCCCCCUACCCCCCAUCAAAGAGGACCCGUCCCAGAGCAGCGCCCCUGCCCCAGCAGAACCUCACCUCAGCCUCACCCCCCAGGACAUUCGCCGGGCCAAGAGGAUACGGAAUGCGGCCCUGCAGCACCUGUUCAUCAGGAAGUCGUUCCGGCCCUUUAAGUGUACCCACUGUGGUAAGGCCUUCAGAGACCAGGACAAGCUGGAGAUCCACCUGAGAGUCCAUGGCCGUGACGCCUACCUGUCCUGUCAUCACUGCAAUAAGGGUUUCCUGUCCCACGGUGCGUUGGAGGACCAUCUCCUGCUUCACUCAGAGCACCGGACCUACUCCUGUCUGUUCUGCACCGACACCUUUGAUCGCCUGGACCUGCUGAAAGAACAUGUGGGAGGACAUGCUGUAAACGGCUGCUUUAUAUGUCCCUCCUGCAAGAAGGUCUUCACCGACUUCAUACAGGUGAAGAAACAUGUUCGUAGCUUCCACUCUGAGAAGAUCUUCCAGUGUUCAGACUGCGACAAGGCCUUCUGCCGGCCUGACAAGCUACGGCUCCACAUGCUGCGGCACAGCGACCGCAAAGACUUCCUCUGCUCCACCUGUGGAAAGCAGUUUAAGCGGAAGGAUAAACUGAGAGAGCACAUGCAGCGUAUGCACAACCCAGAGCGUGAGGCUAAGAAGGCGGACCGUAUCCACCGCUCCAAGGCCCUGAAGCAGAAGGUUCCCACCACAGACUUGGAGAGCUUCAUGUUCAAAUGUCGCAUGUGCAUGAUGGGCUUCAGACGCCGAGGUAUGCUGGUGAACCAUCUAUCCAAGCGCCACCCUGAGAUGCGUAUAGAGGAGGUUCCUGAGCUCACUCUGCCCAUCAUCAAACCCAACAGAGACUACUUCUGCCAGUACUGUGACAAGGUGUAUAAGUCGGCCAGUAAGCGCAAGGCCCACAUACUGAAGAACCACCCAGGGGCGGAGCUACCCCCCAGCAUCAGGAAGCUCCGCCCUGCCGUCCCCGGGGAACCCGACCCCAUGCUGAGCACACACACCCAGCUGACGGGCACUAUAGCCACCGCUCCCGUCUGCUGCCCGCACUGUGCCAAGCAGUACAGCAGCAAGACUAAGAUGGUGCAACACAUCCGUAAGAAGCACCCUGAGUACGCCCAGCUAGCCAACACCAUCCAGGCUCCCCUCACCACCGCCGUCAUCAGCUCUGCCCCCGCUGUCAUCACCACAGACGGCACAACCUCUGAGGCUGUCGUGACGACAGACCUGUUGACCCAGGCGAUGACAGAGCUGUCCCAGACCCUGACGACAGACUACCGUACUGCCGGCGGGGAUUACCAGAGGAUCCAGUAUAUACCAGUCAGCCAAUCAGGAGGAGGGAUCAACCAGCCUCAACACAUACAGCUACAGGUGGUCCAAGUACAGGCUGGCUCUCCCCACUCCCAGCAUUCCACCGUGGAUGUUUCCCAGCUCCAUGAUCCCCAUGGUUACAGCCAACACUCCAUACAGGUGCAACACAUACAGGUGUCAGAGGCAGGACAGAACACGCAGGGUCAGCCUCUAAGCCCCUCCUCCCAGGUGGCCCAGGAGUUAAGCCCCGCCCAGCUGACCCCCGUGACCCUGGCCCAGAGUCACGCCCUCCAGACGUCAUCCAAUCAGCAGGGCUCUGUGCAACACGCCUACAUCCCCGGCAACUGGAACUACCGAGGAUACCCCUCUGAGAUUCAGAUGAUGACGUUGCCUCAUACCCAGUACGUGAUUGCUGAGGCCAGCACUCCUGUCACAGGGGUCAACAGUGCUGGGGUCAAGACGACCCACUAUGUGAUUUCGGAGGGCCAGUCUGAGUUGGACCCUAAGCAGGCCAGCGGCCCCCAGAGCUCGGCCCAGACCCACCUGGACACCCAGACCUCCUCCCAGCAGCCCACCACACAGUACAUCAUCACCACCACUACCAACGGCACCGGGGCCAGCGAAGUUCACAUCUCCAAACCUUGACCUCUGUUAUCCUGUGUGACUACUCCUCAUAGCCCCUGAACCCUGCUGAAGUGAAUCCUAGUGAAGUACGCACCACUAAACUCUUAACGACUGACCUACGGACAGCUAUUUAACCAGGGAACUCACUUUGAGAUUGACUUCUUCUUCAAGUGAGCCCUAUAUGAGGCUCAACUCUCCUACAGACCUAAGGACUGAUCUGGGAACAGCUGUACAUAGUUUCAUGACCCUUUCGAGACAUAAGGACUGGUCACAGACCUGUCUGCAUGCAGCCCCACCCGGCCCAUACUCAGACACGCACAAUGAACAAACACACACACCAACGCACUCACACGCACGCAUAAAGUACACUCACACGCACGCAUAAAGUACAGUCACACGCACGCAUAAAGUACACUCACACGCACGCAUAAAGUACACUCACACGCACGCAUAAAGUACACUCAGACCUAGUUCUUGGCUCAGAGGAACGGGUUUAGAACAGCACUGCUUGUUGUGUGUCUGUUUCACUGAGUUGGUUGAACUGAACGAGCUGAGUUGGUUGAACUGAACGAGCUGAGUUGGUUGAACUGAACCAGCUGAGUUGGUUGAACUGAACGAGCUGAGUUGGUUGAACUGAACCAGCUGAGUUGGUUGAACUGAACCAGCUGAGUUGGUUGAACUGAACCAGCUGAGUUGGUUGAACUGAACGAGCUGAGAAGUUGUCAGAACUGUCAAGAAGAGAAGAGCAGCUCAUUCAAGACGUGGAAGGAAAUGUGGACUUUUUGUAUUUUUGGAGGAGAACAUAAGGAUAAACAUGGUCCUACAGUUAGCUGUAUGUACUGUACUUGAUUGCUGACAUGCAAAAACAAAGCUAUCGAAGCUCUCCAGUGUCUUUCAGUUUAUAUAUAUAUAUAACUGGAGAGCUUCGAUACAAAAACACUGGAGAGCUUCGAUAGCUUUGUUUUUGAGACCUUUUCAGUGACCGACACUUCAGACAGAAGCUGAGAGAGAGAGACUUGGAGCACUGCACACCCCCCUACCUUUUAUUUCUGUCGCAUGCUUCCCAGUCGAAACAGUUUGCGCAUAUAUUAUGACGAAAUUUUGUGACGUUUUGGUUCGUUUGUUGUUCGGCAGGUUUGUUUUCAGCUGUUCGUGCUGAACCCCGCCCCCCCUUACC